CAUCGGACGCUGACUCAUGACACUCUGACUUGAUCUGCUCCAACAACCGCCAUGGCAAACAAGCCGGUGCUUCAUGUCGAGGUCGAACUGCACCAAGAGUCGACCUGCCUCUACGACGCAACCAAGGCAGCAUGCGAGGUAUUCUUGCGCUCGAACUUCCCCAAGCUCACCCAGAACAUGCAAAUCGCCCCCGAGGAGCUCCAGCACGAUCCAGCGCUGGCAGCCCAUGUGAGUCGGAUCCGGAUCUGCGAGAUUCCAAGGACGGAUUCCCAGAGCGUCGUCGAGCUCGAUCGUGUGGCUCUCAAGAUCCACGUAUACCAACUGAACAAAGAGGAUGGCGUCGACGAGCUGGACGACGAAGACAAUAUCGUGACCUCAAAUCACUGGAUCCUGCCUGCGGCAUCGCUGGAUGGAGUAUGGGUGACUCCGUCCGACAGCCUAGUCUUCGACCAGCAGAUCCACAACCAACUGCUCAGCUACAUGGAGACGUCGAUGCUGUUUUCAGACCGGGGAGUCGACAGCAACAUUGUCGCGUGGAACAAGAUCAUAUUGCUGCAUGGCCCUCCUGGAACGGGCAAGACGUCGCUCUGCAAGGCACUUGCACAGAAACUAGCGAUACGUCUCUCGGACCGAUACACACACGGCAAGCUGGUCGAGAUCAACAGCCAUAGUCUCUUCUCCAAGUUUUUCUCGGAGAGUGGCAAGCUUGUGAUGAAGAUGUUCCAGCAGAUCGGCGAGCUGACCGAGGACACGGAUGCAUUUGUGUGCGUCCUUAUUGAUGAGGUCGAAAGCUUGACGGCAUCCAGGAAGGCGGCAAUCAAUGGUCUGGAGCCUUCAGAUGCGAUUCGAGUGGUGAAUGCCCUUUUGACACAAAUCGACCGUCUCCGCAAGAAGAAGAACGUCCUGAUUCUGACGACUUCGAACCUGACUGAGGCUGUGGAUUCUGCGUUCCUGGACCGCGCUGAUCUGACACAAUUCAUCGGAUAUCCCUCGGCCCUUUCGUGCUAUGCCAUUUUGCAUAGCUGUUUGGAUGAGCUUAUGAUCAAGGGCAUCAUCCAGCCCAGGCAACCGCUGAUCGAACACCGGUCUAUCUCGCUGUUCUUCAACAAGGACGGCAGCGAUCCGAGCUCGCGCCUCUAUGCCAUUGCCCAGAAGUGCAAGGACGCCAGCGGGCGGUCUCUGCGGCGCUUGGCGUUCAAAGCCCACGCAUUCUUUGUCCAGUCCGAGACCAGCACCCUGGACAUGUUCCUCCUCGCGCUCGAUAGAGCCCUUGCGAUGGACCAAAACUCAAAGCUCGGUGUGGGAACCGCGGCAAGUGCACUGGAGCACUCGUGAAGCCACAAGGUUGCGCAGUGGGGGGUGGCGGUGACAACAAGACAAGCGACAGAGCAACACAACAUCAACACAACAUCA